AUGAGUCACGAACAACCUCGGAGGGAAGAAGGAAUAAAUGAGAGAGAUGGUGGUGAGACUGAUGUUUCAGGGAGGCAUGUUAUCUCUGAGUCUAUCGGCGGACAGGUUGUAGAGCAAGUUAGUCAUAAUGCACCCAUGAAUACGAUGACGCCAGCUUCUCUUGUUGAAGACAUGAACGCAGGAGCUAGUGGCGGAGUAACCAUAGGAGAAGCACUCGAAGCCACAGUUUUGACAGCAGGAAAGAAACCAGUUGAGUGGAGUGAUGCAGCAGCUAUUCAAGCAGCCGAAGUCAGAGCCACCGGACGCACAAACAUUGUCCCUGGCGGUGUUGCUGCGGCAGCACAAUCAGCAGCAACAAUUAAUUCUCGAACAGAAAAGGAUGAAGACAAGACCAAACUCGCUGAUAUUCUCUCGGAUGCAACUACAAAGUUGCCAAAGGAUAGAGCAGCGACGAGAAGAGAUGCUGAAGGAGUGAUGGGUGCAGAAAUGAGAAAUGAUCCGUCUCUUGCUACUCAUCCCGGGGGAGUGUCUGCAUCAAUGGCAGCAGCAGCUAGGCUUAACCAAAACAAUGAUAACUAGUUGAUAACUUGGGAAACAGAUCCUCUCCCGUGUGUUUUCCACUCGACAAUAUCCAAUUGUAAUCAUAACCGUGCAAUUUUGUGGAAACCAUUGAAACAAUAAAAAAAUUAUUGGCUGAGAUUCCACUUCACACAAUUUACGCUGCAGAUGAUCUCUUUCUACCAAGCUA